UUGCCUUUUGUGUAACUGGUGGCUACCUACUUUGGAUUGGAUUUCCGCUGACAGUCUGCUCUGAUGGCUACUAUGCUUUGGACCUUUCUUCUAUUCCCGGUCUUGACCAGUGGAACUGGAAGUGGAUCACCCCCUAGACCAGAGAUACGAGUGGAUGGAGAUCUGGUUAUUGGGGGCCUCUUCCCAGUGCACGAGAAAGGGGGUCCUGGAGCUGAGUGCGGGAGGAUGAAUGAGCACCGUGGCCUGCAGCGCCUGGAAGCCAUGCUUUUUGCAUUGGAUUCAAUAAAUAGAGACCCCAAACUGCUUCCUGGACUACGGCUGGGGGCACACAUACUUGAUACAUGUUCCAAAGACACAUAUGCUCUGGAGCAGGCCCUAGAGUUGGUCAGAGGUUCCCUAACACGAGGAGAUGGACCCCAACAUCUGUGUCCCGAUGGAUCAUAUGCUAUUCAUGAGGAAGCCCCAACGGCCAUCAGUGGUGUCAUCGGGGGAUCCUAUAGUGACGUGUCUAUCCAGGUUGCCAACCUUUUAAGGCUCUUCCAGAUUCCACAAAUCAGUUACGCCUCAACAAGUGCCAAAUUAAGUGACAAGUCUCGUUAUGACUUCUUUGCCCGAACUGUGCCCCCGGACUUUUACCAAGCCAAAGCCAUGGCAGAGAUCCUGAGAUUCUUCAACUGGACAUAUGUAUCUACCGUGGCAUCUGAGGGUGACUAUGGCGAAACAGGGAUUGAAGCCUUUGAGCAGGAGGCACGAGCUCGUAACAUCUGCAUUGCCACCUCGGAGAAGGUUGGACGGUCCAUGAACAAAAAGACCUUCGAGGGUGUCAUCCGAGCACUGCAGCAGAAACCUAGUGCUCGAGUGGUUGUUCUGUUCACGAAAAUCGAGGAUGCUAGGGAACUUUUAGCUGCGGCUCAAAGACUCAAUGUUUCCUUUAUGUGGGUGGCCAGUGAUGGCUGGGGAGCUUUGGAGAGUGUGGUGCUUGGCAGUGAAGAUGUGGCUGAAGGUGCCAUCACCAUGGAACUGGCAUCUUACCCAUUGUGGGAAUUUUCCAAUUAUUUCCAGUCGUUGCACCCUGACAAUAAUACACGCAACCCUUGGUUCCGAGAAUUCUGGGAGAACAAGUUCCAGUGUCGCCUAACAUCGCCAGGAUGUGCUGAGCAUUCUUUGAAAAAUGUGAAAUUUGAACAGGAGUCCAAGAUCAUGUUUGUGGUGAAUGCAGUGUAUGCUAUGGCUCAUGCAAUGCACAAUAUGUACCAGGCCCUCUGCCCCAAUACCUCUCAACCAUGUCCUGCCAUGAAUCCAAUAAAUGGGCGCCGCUUCUACCGUGACUACAUCCUCAAUGUAAAAUUCAACGCUCCAUUUCCACCUCCGGACACUCAUAGCAUAGUGCGAUUUGACAAAUUUGGUGAUGGAAUAGGACGUUAUAAUAUCUUCAACUUUCAGAACACCGAUGGGUUUCACUACAAGAAAGUGGGCUACUGGGGUGAAGAGCUGACGCUCAACACCAACCUGAUCCCGUGGGCGCGUAGUGCAGUACCCGUGUCUCAGUGCAGCGACCCUUGUAAGAAGAACGAGGUAAAGAGCAUGCAGCCGGGAGAUGUGUGCUGUUGGAUCUGCAUCCCUUGUCAGCCAUACGAGUUUCUGCUAGAUGAGUUCACAUGCAUGGCUUGUGAACUGGGACAAUGGCCGAACGAGGAGCUGAACGGCUGUUAUGAUCUCCCCCAGGAGUAUAUACGCUGGAGAGAUGCUUGGGCACUGGGGCCGGUGUGCCUGUCCUGCCUGGGGCUACUUUCUACCCUCUUUAUAUUUGUGGUGUUUGUGCAACACAACAACACACCAAUUGUAAAAGCUUCGGGACGUGAACUCUGCUACAUCUUGUUGAGCGGAGUACUCCUCUGCUAUGCCAUGACUUUCAUUUUCAUUGCCAAGCCGUCACCUUCUGUCUGCACGCUUCGCCGCCUUGGCCUUGGCACCUCUUUUGCCAUUUGCUACUCAGCCUUGCUUACAAAGACCAAUCGUAUUGCGCGCAUCUUUAGCGGGGCGCGAGAGGGGGUCCAACGGCCUCGUUUUAUCAGCCCUGCAUCGCAAGUGGGCAUCUGCCUGGCACUCAUCUCCUUCCAGCUGAUUGUGGUGGUAGUCUGGCUGCUUAUGGAGCCACCAGGGACCCGAAAGGACACUGCCCCAGACAAGCGAUACAUAGUGACCUUGAAGUGUAACAGCGGUGAUGGCAGCAUGCUGGUAUCCCUAUCGUACAAUGUACUGCUUGUCCUGCUCUGCACGCUCUAUGCAUUUAAGACUCGCAAAUGCCCUGAGAAUUUUAACGAAGCCAAAUUCAUUGGCUUCACCAUGUAUACUACGUGUAUCAUCUGGCUGGCAUUCCUGCCCAUCUUCUACGUGACCUCGAGCGAUUACCGGGUUCAGACUACCACACUAUGCGUCUCUGUCAGUCUCAGCGGCUCCGUGGUCCUUGGUUGCCUGUUCACUCCAAAACUGCACAUCAUUAUAUUUCAGCCACAGAAAAACGUCACCAGCCAUCGCACUGCCACCAACCGAUUCAGCGCCACCGGAGCAGGGUCACAAGGGACAGCUGUGCAGUAUGUGCCGACUGUGUGUAACGGGCGUGAAGUCGUGGACUCUACAACCUCAUCCCUCUGAUAAAGCCUAGCUCCAAGUGGGUGGGAUGGGACAUAUAGGAUGACACUUCCCCACCGCAAAGCAAAGCAAGCACAAUGACCACAAAUGUCACAUUGUGUCCAGCUGAGGGGAAGAGACUACAAGUGAUGGUGAUGUCCAUCACCCAGCUCCAGGAAACAGAAGAUUGACAAGACCAGGAUCCAGCACAACAUAUGAUGAACAAUCCAUGAGACAGCUAUCGGAGGAAGGUGGAUUGUGGGUAAUCUGACUCCAGGACUUUGUUGACAAAGAGCACAAUCAAGAGAUACUUUGAGUUUAUCGGUUACAGGGUGGAGAGGGGGACUAUGAGAGGGUUAAAUUAGGCUGUUCCAUCUCAUUCAGAAGUAGGUAGACCUGGAAUGUGGUGCUAGCCCAGGACGAACAGCGCAAGCUUCAUUAGAAGAAAAAAUAAAGGCACAGCUGAGGGCCAUCACUGCAAACAGUAUUUUCUUUAGAUUAGUAGAUGUUACUGGGCAGCAAUUACCAUUACUGUGAUAAGAACUGCUAACAGUGGUAUUAUGUAAAUAAAACAUCUGUUUGUAGUUUGA